CGAGAGAGAGAGAGAGAGAGAGAGAGAGAGAGAGAGAGCUCGGACGGAUGACACCGUGAUGCAGGGGGGCCGACUGCGAGGGGAAGGUCCCGUCCGGACCGGUGGAGGAGGAUGCGAGGCUCCAUGAUGUCCCGGCCUGUACCUGGAUUUGGGAGCCUUGUUGCCUGUUGCCAACAGCAACCUCUUCCUCUUAUUUGGACUAAAUACUGCAAGUCUCAGCCUCAAGCCCCAUCCAAUCCGCGAUGGGCAUGGGAAAAGUGAGAGGCCAGGAGAUGGCCAUUUAAACCCUCCAAUCCACACUGAAUCCAUGAAAGGAUCCAAAAGGGAAUCAUCUCAAAUGCCACAUUUCACGAUAUAUAUGCGUAUAUGUGAAAAAUAAUAAAAUGCCUUUAAAUAUUAGAGCCAAGCCGGCCCAGAACAAGCUGUCUGCUGCCUCAAGGAGCAGUGGGGACGCAGAUGGCAAUGCACCUCAUUCACGCUUUUCAAAGUCUGCAAAACAGGGCAAAGGUAAACAGGCCAAGACCACUUCGACCCCAGGCUGCCGCUCAGGGCUAGAACCUGGCUCAGUAUCCGCACCUGUUGCAAAAGUACCCGCAGGGCAAGGAUCAAUGUCAAGGCUCGGUCCAAAGAAACCUGGUGCAGGAACACAUGCAAAAGAGACCAGUGAUUCAGGAACAGCUCCAGGGGGAACAACUCUCUCAAUGGAGAACAUCCAGUCUUUAAAUGCAGCUUACGGCACUUCGGGCGUGUACUCCUGUGAGCGGGAUGCUUUGGAACCCUCCGGCGGUUACCCUAAAGGCACCAUGACGCUCGGAAGGAACACCAGCCGCUUCUCCUACAGCGGCCGGGGAACCGAUGUGGGCAGCAGCCCAAAUAUCAAUUCCACUGACCUCAAUAACCGGUCCAACCACUACAGCAGAGAACAAAACUCUCGCCCUGCGGGGACUUCCAGUCUGCAGCGCCAGUCUGGGAAACGACCGCAGGCGCUGGAUUCGGCUGUUCGCCAGGAGCCUCCUGCAUCUGAUCUCCAGGCUCAGCUGAGAGAGCUUCAGCAGGAAAAUGACAGCCUAAGAAGGGAAUUGGACGGAGGCAGGGAUGGAAGGACAGGCCGCAGCGUUAACAACGUCAACUUCUGGAGUCCGGAUGUCAAGAGGGACAAAGGCCUCAGGCGAGAGGAUGGAGCGAGGACCUCUGCCCCGAAGGACUAUUACGGGGCAGACCAAGAUACUAUUCAGGUUCCAUUGACAGUUCAGGAGCUCCAGGAAGAGCUGAGGGCCCACAGGGAAUUGAACAGCCGCCUACAGCAAGGGACAUCCAGUUCCUGUCACGACAGCCGCACGGACCAGGACCACAGAGGAGGGCUCAGUCCUGGCCACAGUCCUCGAGAAAGUCCCAGCAAUCUCCACAGUCCCGGACCAAAGAACAGCCCGAGAGCGAGCCCGUCCAACACAUACGAUCCGGGGCCACAGGAAGCCGACGUCAUCGUUCACAGCUCUGGGUACGGCUGUGCCGGUCCAGUAGCUACACAGAGAGUCAGCCCAGCCGGCUCGCUUCAUCCCGGGCCGAAGCGCAGCCCGACCGUCCCCUGCAGCCCCAGUUCGCUCCGGCGUUGCAGCCCUUGCCAAGUGCCGGGGUGUGACGGCUUCUCUUCGCCACCUCUGGAUCCAUCGCACGAGAACUUCGUCCACCUGCAGUCGGAGCACGAGCGUCAGGCCAAGGAGCUGUCCCUGCUGAGGAGAACCAUGGAAGAGAUGGAGACGAGGAUUGACUCGCAAAAACAGACGCUGGGUGCCAGAGACGAUAGCAUCCAGAGGCUCCUGGAGAUGCUUCAGAGCCAGGGUCAAGUUCACGGGAAGUGGGGCCGCGGCCAGAGAACGGGCAUCUUAGCUAUGGCUGCGCACGAGGCUGAAGCUCAACUCGAAAACAUGCACGUAAGAGAGAUAGAGCAGCUGAAGCAGGAUCUGAACAGGAAGGAGUCUGAGAUGCAGGCCCUGCAGACCAAAUUGGAAACACUAACCAAUCAGAACUCCGACUACAAGCAACACAUCGAGGUGCUGAAGGAGUCCCUCAAUGCCAAGGAGCAACGUGCCAAUACGCUCCAGACAGAGGUAGAUGCUCUAAGGGUGCGUUUGGAAGAAAAAGAGCAGUUCCUGACAAAGAAGAACAAGCAACUUCAAGACCUAACUGAUGAAAAAAGCACUCUAACGGGAGAAAUCAGAGACAUGAAGGAUAUGUUAGAUGUCAAGGAGAGGAAGGUCAAUGUCCUGCAGAAGAAGAUCGACAACCUGUUGGAGCAGUUAAAGGACAAGGACAAACAGCUGACUGGGUUGAAGGAUCGGGUGCAAGGUCUUCAAACCGAUUCCAGCAACACAGACACAGCCCUUGCCACGCUGGAGGAGGCCCUCUCGGAGAAGGAGCGAGUUAUUGAGAACCUUCGGGAACAGAAGGAGCGGGCGGACAGGGUUCAACUGGAGGAGUUGGAGCGACUGAGGAAGGACAACCAGGAAUUGAAGGACAAGCUCGUAGCCCUCCAACCGCAGAAACCGUCCCCCGGCCAGCCUCCUAUCCUGGGCCCAAACCAAGGCCAAAGGCCCGAUGGAGAGAUGCCAGCCAAAAUAGAUCCAUUACCAGCUGUGAGCUCCACGGCCCAAAACCCAGAGGACACAUUGCGCAAGUGUCCCGACAUCGCAGAUCGCCUGAAGCUUCUGGAGCAGGAAGUGGCUCGCUACAGGGAAGAAUCUGGAAAGUCACAAGUGGAGGUCGCGAGGUUGAUGGCGGCACUGAAGGACGCUGAGAUAGACAGAUCUGGCAGAGAGAAGAGAAUAAAUGAUCUUGAGAGGCAAAUCAAGUCCCCUCAUAUCCAAAAGCAAAUGGUGCCUGGUGAAAAAAGGAAAGAUGCCCAGCCUGAUGGACAUCCACACUCUUUAUCGCAGCUGGAAGAGCUGAUUGGGGCCCUGGAGAAGACACGACAGGAACUGGACGCGACAAAGUUGCAUCUGGCCUCCACUCAGCAGACCUUGCACGAGCGAGACGGACAUCUCAGCAGCCUGCGGCAGGAAAGACGCAAACAGCUGGAGGAGAUUCUGGAAAUGAAGCAGCAAGCUUUACUGGCAGCUAUCAGUGAGAAGGAUGCUAACAUAGCCCUUAUGGAGUUGUCUCCCUCAAAGCGAAGGAAAGCCCAAGAGGAAGUGAUGGCUCUAAAGCGGGAGAAGGACCGGCUCAUGCACCAACUCAAACAGCAGACUCAGAGCAGAAUGAAGAUGAUGGCCGAUAACUAUGAGGAAGAUCGCAUCAACCCUCAACAUCAUCCUCACCAUUCUCUCCACUUGCACUCUGCAAAUAUACAUCACAGAAGCCUCCCAAGAGGACCGCCGCAUGCCAACCACAGACUCCCUAUGGACCAGGAGGAUGAAGAGGGCAUUUGGGCAUGAUUUGGCGUCAUCGUUGGAUCAUUGUCAACAAACUGCUCGGACAGCCAGGUAUCAAAAUGUCCGGGAGCUCCAGUGACGCAUUUGGAUUACUACGACUCCCCUGGCUCCGCCCGUCAUCAUUACCGCCAGUUGUACGCCCAUUUCAGGAGUCACUACUUCCACUCACUUCUGAUAAGCUCCAAAUAUGUUGUCAUCUUCUUUGCUGACAAAUAUCAUGACAUGUCAUUGAUGGGCUUGGUUUCAAUGUGCCGUCCUGCCUUUACAUUCCUCCCUGUUUCCUGGGCGUGGGGUUCCAUUUUUCUCAGUUCUGAGUUCGACCUUUCAAUCGAGUGACAAUUGGCCCAACGCUUUUUGAUACGAAUGUAGCCAAGCCAGAGCAAGUGGAAUUACCUAAAAACCUCUUGUACAACUAGACUCCCGACAGUAGUAAUGGCACGAAAUAUUGGACUUUUGUAAAUACUGUAUCACAACAUGGGACCUCACAGCCUCAGAUCCACCAAGACCUUCUCGAUGUACUGUGCCAAUGAAGACGCACGUUUGCAGAAGCAUUCUUCUAAUUUUGGACUGUAUUGUGUUGUAAAGCUACACAGCAAAUGGACCCAAGUUCUGUUGGACUUUCUCCUACUUGAUUUUGUUGAAAAGGCUGAAAGUCGCCCACAUGAGUUGGAGUGUCGCUUUAACCAGCCAGGAUCAAAUUACAAUUCAUAUAAUAACAGCAAUACAUCUCUCUGUUCAGCCUGCUGUGCAUUUGUUUGAUGAAGCAUCGUUUUCUUUGCUUU